AAUUUUCCCAACUGCCUGCAAACCCUGCUCCUCACUCUCUCGACCUCGCUCUCGCUCACCCUCGCUGCCUCUCGCUCUUUGCCUCCUCUCUUUUGCUCGUCCGCUCGCCCUCGCUCUGCCUCUCUCUUGCUCUCGGUCGACCCCUCUCGCUCGCCCUCGCCGCCUCUCGCUCUCUGCCUGACUGCCUCUCUCUUGCUCUCGUUCGCCCUCGCCCCCACGCUCGCUCGGCGAGUAGGCCUCGCUCUCGCUCGCUGCCUCUGAUUUAGGUUUUCGUAUUACCUCCCCCAACUUCCAGUCCCAGAUCUGCUUCAUUCGAGCCCGGAUCUGUAUUACUGAUUCCACGUUCAUGAGAGCACAAUUGCUGCUCAGCCCCAAUGUGUUAUGUCGAACAGAUUUUAUGGGAGAACUUUUUGUUGUGCACUCACCAUGAUCUUCACUUUCUAGGAGUUCUGACAUAACUUCUGCUGCAGUACAAUCUCUGAAAUCCAUUUUCCAGGUAGAAACUGAAGUUAGAUUGCACGACACACAAGAUCUAGCAUGCAAGCAGCUUCGCAUCUUCGUCCAAUCUUCUACUUUCACAACAGAAGCCCUAACAAAUCGGGCAAUAGGGUUGAAAAAGGAGUCUUGCAUUCUAGCCAACAUGUCAGUGGACUCAAAUUCACUGGAAUAGGCCACACAUAUAGAUUUCCUUUACCUGUUCGAAAAACCAGAUUGUUUGUGAAUCCUAAUACAAAUGAUGGCCAUCCAAGUAUCUCUGUGACUGAGGUAAGUACAGAUACAAACCCAAGCAAUUCCCCGAAUCAUGAAUCGGAGGCAUUUCUAAGCAAAUGGACGCCUCCCAAUUACCUAUGGAGGGGAUUAUCAGUUUUCAUUCUGGCAGGGCAGGUAAUUAUCAGAACUUUGAAGGGCAAAGUCCACUGGAGAAACACUCUUCAGCAGCUGGAGAGAGUUGGUCCAAGAUCACUUGGAGUCUGCCUAUUAACCUCUGCCUUUGUUGGCAUGGCCUUCACAAUUCAGUUUGUAAGAGAGUUCACCAGGUUAGGAUUAAACAGAUCUGUUGGUGGGGUGUUAGCUCUAGCCUUUUCGAGGGAGCUAAGUCCUGUCGUCACAUCAAUUGUAGUUGCUGGUCGUGUUGGGAGUGCUUUUGCUGCUGAAUUAGGGACUAUGCAGGUUUCUGAACAAACAGAUACACUAAGAGUUCUUGGCUCAGACCCAGUUGAUUAUCUGGUGACACCUAGGGUCAUUGCUUCAUGUGUUGCUUUGCCCUUUUUGACUCUAAUGUGUUUCACAGUAGGUUUGGCAUCCAGUGCUCUCCUGGCUGAUGGUGUUUAUGGUAUUAGCAUUAACAUUAUAUUGGAUUCUGCCCUGAGAGCUCUUCGAUCAUGGGAUAUAAUUAGUGCAAUGAUCAAGUCCCAGGUUUUUGGUGGGAUCAUAUCUAUUGUGAGCUGUGCAUGGGGAGUCACAACCAUAGGAGGUGCCAAAGGUGUUGGAGAAUCGACCACAUCAGCCGUGGUUCUCUCUCUUGUUGGUAUCUUCGUUGCGGAUUUUGCUCUUUCUUGUUGCUUCUUUCAAGGAGCUGGAGAUUCAUUAAAGAAUUGCUUUUGAUCUGAUAUAUCCAUACCUUUUCUUGAUAGAUUUCUGUGUGAAAAGUCCCAUUUUUAUUGUUUAUGGUUCUGUUGUAUAUAACGAUCUGAUGAAUGACAAAGUGACUAGAAUCCAUGUACUAUAGUUGCAAGUUUGAUUGACUAUUAGCUUUUAGUGCUUGUCACCCUGCUUUACUUUC